UGAAGCGGCUGCCUCGGAGCUCUCCGGUAACAGAGACGGUAGACGGCUCUGACUCACGCUGACGAUCCGCACACAGCAACAUAUCAGACUCCACCUGACCUGCAACCUGACAGGAGGUAUUUGAUGAAGGCUUAGGGCAACUUUAACUCGGCUUUCUGUUUUUUUUUUUUUUUUUUUUUCCCCUUCCUUCAUCCUGCCCUUGGCGGCAUAUUUCUCUUGUAUCCCGGGCAUCAAACAAAGUCAGAAUGCAUGUUAUUGCUUCAUAAACACCAGAUGGCGGGUGGUUGAAAUAAAACACAUCACAGAGUGCUGGGACGGGACAAGGUGUUUUCCUAACCUCUUUCAUAACAACUACGGACGAGUGAACUUGUUUUCUUUUUUUUUUUCUUCUUCUGGUUGCGCGCGGACCUUGUAGCCUAUUUUCACCGCUUAUUUUCCUCAAACAUCAACGACACCUUUCUUUCCCUCCUCCAAACGCCACUUCUUCUUUCUCUUUCUUCAACUGUCAUCACUUGUAAAACACAUCAGCCACCGCGGAGACAAGACUUCACUGCCGGCGGUAAAAAAAAAAAAAAAAAAGGAAUCAAAAUAACAAUUUAGUCUACUAAGACACCGGAUUGGACCUUCAACAAGGAUGCUACUCCCGCACCGACACUCCUAGACGGUCCAAACAGCCGCUGCCAACAUGUUCAGGCGAGGUUAUGGCGGGGUGGAGUUACUCUUGGUGCUCUGUGGCCUGGAUCUCUCUCUGCCGUGCCCUCGCCACUGCAUCUGCUACACUUCACCUAGCACCGUCUCCUGCCAGGCCCACAACUACCAUGCCGUGCCCGAGGGCAUCCCCGCCCAGAGUGAGCGUGUCUUCCUACAGAACAACAAAAUCCAGCGGCUUCUGCGUGGCCACUUCUCACCAACCACCACCAUGUUGUGGCUUUACUCCAACAACAUCUCUUACAUACAGCCGUCCACCUUCCACGGCUUCGACCGCCUGGAGGAGCUCGACCUUGGGGACAACAAACACCUGAAAGCCAUCGCUUCAGACACCUUUAUUGGCCUGGGUCGGCUACACGCGCUGCAUCUGUACCACUGUGGUCUGAUCAGCCUGCCUCCAGGGAUCUUUGCGGGGCUCCAUAAUCUCCAGUAUCUCUACCUACAGGACAACCAGUUGGAAUUCCUGGAGGACGACCUGUUCAUUGACCUGCUCAACCUCAGUCAUCUCUUCCUACAUGGCAAUCGACUAUGGAGUCUACGCCAGAACACUUUCCGUGGUCUGGGGGUCUUAGACCGCCUUCUACUCCACCAGAACCGAAUCCAGUGGGUGGACCGACAGGCUUUCCAUGACCUGCGACGCCUCACCACACUGUACUUGUUUAAUAACUCCUUGACUGAGCUAUCUGGUGCCAGCUUGACUCUACUGACAGCCCUGGAGUAUCUACGACUUAACAACAACCCCUGGGAGUGUGACUGUAAGGCCCUGUCACUUUGGGAUUGGCUGAGAAGGUUCAGAGGCUCCACCUCCUCUCUUGUGUGUGUGUCACCACCAGAGCUGGUUGGAAAGGACCUGAAAGAGCUGAAGAAAGAAGAGCUGCCCAGUUGCUUGUCGGUCGAGGGUCAUGGUCAUGGUGGCCCUGGUAGGGAGAUGGAGCACGGAGAGUCUUUGAACCAUCUGAAUCGUCACAGGAAUCAUCACAACCACCAUCAGCGGCCAUAUUUGCCCCACGGGGACCAGUACAGCCUGCCCUCGCCCUCGCCUCUGCCACGGCCGCCAAAGGGAGGUCGCAGAAACUGUACUCGCAGGGGGCGUAAGGCAAAGGGCGGGCUCAAUGAGGUGCAGGUACACCAGGUGGAAGGUGAGAAGGACUAUUCUCCAGAGGCAGGUAAAUAUGGCAUUUCUGGAACUGCAAGAAGGAAGAACAAGUGCAUCCCCAGAACUUCUGUCCGCCCACCAAGUGGGGUCCAGAGAGCAAAUAACAGAGCAGAGUCCACCUUUGCAGAUUCUAUUUUCUGUUUACCAUCAACUCUGCUGCUAUCACUCAUCUCGGUGAUCCUACGCUGAGAAAGGGAGUGGACACGUUUUUGCAGGUGAUGCAGCCAAUGGAUUCACUCUGCUGAACCACUCUGCCCCAGCUCUUUAAAUGAGGCACAUGCAAAACUGUGUGUGUGUACAUGACUCUGUACAAAGAACAUUAUCAAAUAUCUACUGUCGAAGUAUCCCUGUGGUAUUGUGGCAGGAGUCUUUACGAGUCACAAUAAAGGCAGUCAGGGAAAUCAAUUUAGCAAAGCCCAUUUCUUUGAUGAUGUCACCAAGGGAAACAACAGGAAAAAAAAAAAAAACUUUACAUCUCUCUGCGUGGCACUGAUUGCCUCACAAAAUUGAUGAACUUAAAAAACAAACUGUACAGCCACAUAAAAUAAGGAGCCAAUGAUUUAUUCAAAUGAUUACAAGAAGAAUACACAAUUCAAAUCAAAAUAGUUCAAGGCUCGUUCUCCAUGUUUAGCCCUCUUCACACAAUACUGCUCUCUCAGCUCACCAUCCAUCUGUCACUCAUGCUGAGACAGAGGCACAGUCAUUCUUAACUGUCACACUAAUCACUCAACAGCACCUUAAGAUCCAAAACACUGCAGACACAAGUGGCAGUAACAUGAGUCAUUGCUUUAGCAGUAAAAACUCUAACACGAUAUAUCAUCAAAGUGGUUUUAUUUUGACAUGUCGCACAGUAAGGUGGACCCACUUGAUGGCAUCACACUAUGCUUGACGUUUAGUCGAGAGACGAGACUGUGAAAAAAACACCAUUGGAGAUGUGACACAUCUUUAUACAUAACAUUACUCUUUCAUUAUCAUUGCCCUUAAAAGCCAUUCAGAACUGACCUAUCAUUAUAAGAGCCAACUGGUCACAGUCAGUUAAAAUGAGUGAGUGAGUGAACAUGUGAAGAUUUCUGUUUUUUGUACGAGUGUGUGUCCACUUACAAUAAAUACUAAAGCCAUGCAGGUAGAACGACACUAGAUUAGCAAGAGUGCCUAACAAGAGCCAGUGAGCCAAAGAGGACAAAAAAAGCGGAUGGUUUCAUUCACUCUCACAGGCUACAAAAAAAAAAGGCCCCAACAAGCCUAAGAGGUCAACGGAAGGAGGAAAAGGAAAAGCUGAGGCCAUAGCCUUUGCUCCAAGAACUUCUGACCCCAAAACCUGUAUGUGAGUUUCUUUGCAAUGCUGUGCUGGCUAAAAGGACAAACAUAUAUCCUUCAAAAACAGAAGAUUCAAUCCAAAAAGUCACAGGAGGGUUUUGAAUGCUGGGGGGAAAAAAAAGGUCCUAAUCGGGGAGGAAUAACAUUGCACCACAACAACUUUGCAAUAUAUCACCUGCAAUUGUCUAAUCAGUUGCUGAACUGGAUAACAAAAGCAGUUCAGAAUCUCUGAUGAUCAUCACAGAAAGAAAAAGGGGAACGGAAAUGACAACCUGCUACUGGAGUUCUUAUUUUUGUUCUCUUUGGUGUAUUUAGUGUGCUCCAAACAGAUGGACUGAACAUCCUCUAAGCCCUGAUUGGAGAGUUGGAUUUUAAUGCUGCUACGUCUGAGAAAAUCCUUUUUCUCAGUGUUGGGAUUCUUCGUCAGGAAAUACAAAGAACAGAAAAGACUGUGGGUAACACUACCCAAUAUGAACUGGAGUGGUUCAAGCACACACCCCUAACAAAGCCCAGUCACCUUCACAGUGGUCCUCUCCCACUGCAACCAUUAACCCUUGUUAAGUUCAGGGCUUUCAAAUCCCACAGCAGAGCACAAUAUGUUGUGUAUGUUUUGAUCUUUGACCCGGACCAUUCCAGUCACUCACUCUCAAGUGCUCGAUUGCAAAUCCUGUAGAGAUGGAAACCAGUAGAGAUUUACAAAGCCAUCCUGAUACCUUAACUAUUGAUGCUAAAACUCUCUCGUAGUCUUAAGCAUUACAAGUAUACAAGUUCUACUUUUAAAAGGGGUUGCCCUUGUGUGCAUUGGAUGACUAAGCUAAAAGAUAAAUUCCUGACAUGCUGACAGAAAGCACAAAAAUUAUUCAUCUGGUUUGCUGUUAACCUAAAAAUGUGCAGUUUGGAUAGGAAGCCAAGAGCAGGGACCACUUUUGUACCCUGCAUGUUUGUGUUUCCUGCUGAGCCACAUCUUUUCAUGUCUAUCUUAAUGUCGGGGAUGAACAGAAGCCUGUCACUGGUGUCGUUCUCAUGAAAUGUAGGAUUAGAGACCCCUACUGGUGAACUUGUUUGUGCUGCUGUGAACCCAGAGGUGAUGUAAAUUGUGUCUGUUUAUUCCUGUGAGGAUGAUUUUUUUUUGUAUAAAAAAAAAAAAAAGAUAGAAAAAAAAAGAGAAAUGUUCCAUUGUGUCUCUGUAGUUCCCUAAAAAAAAUAAACAGGGAGCUUGGGGCUGGAACUUAAUUUUUUAUUUAAUGUGAUCAUUAUCAUUAUUUAAUACUUUUUCAGUUCUGCCUUUUUGGUUUUGCUGACUCAUUCAAGAUAAGCCGUACACUGCACUUGCCCCCUCCUGCACCUCCUCUAUUCUUUCCUAUCCUCCUAUUCAUCCUGUCUUUUCCUCCCUCUUUUACCCACCCCUUCUCUUUCAGUCUGUCUACCUAUUCUUCUCCUUCUUCUCAAUCUUCUCCGUCCUCUCCUCCUUAUUCUUUCCACUCCUCUCUUCAUUUGUGCAACCCAAAUGUUUUGUAUGUGGUUAUCAAACAAUGCCAGACUCAAAAGCUGUUUAUAAAUAACAUUAAACAGAAAGUGUCCU